CCGAUACACACACGCGGACGUGUCGUGUUACUGGAGUAAGCUUAGCAAUGGCGCACGACGCAUCGGCGGCGACGACGGCGCAGAAGCGCAAGUACACCGAGGAGGAGGAGACAGCCGGCCUGUGCGCCAACGGCUGCGGCUUCUUCGGCGCCGCCGCCACCGGCAACAUGUGCUCCAAGUGCUACCGCGACCACGUCCACGCCGCCACCGCCGACACCGCGGCCGCGGGGAGCGUCUGCUUCAUCGACCCUGCUGGUUCGACCGCGCCGCCUCCGGCGAAGAAGGCCAGGAUGACCGUUGCCGUCCCGUCCUAUGACGGUGCGGCCGCCUCCUCCAGCCCCGCCGCAGUUGACCCCGCCGUGACGCCCGUGAAGCAGCCGGCGGUGGCGGCGAACCGGUGCGCGGCGUGCCGCAAGAAGGUGGGGCUGCUGGGGUUCCGAUGCCGCUGCGAGGGCACCUUCUGCAGCGUGCACCGCUACUCGGAGAAGCACGACUGUGGAUUCGACUACAAGGCCGCCGGCCAGGAGCAGAUCGCCAAGCACAACCCGCUCGUGGUUGCGGACAAGAUGACCGGAAGGAUCUGAAGCCCACAAGAAACCACCAGAUCAACGGCGAACCGAUCAAGCAGUUAGUCAUGGCGUCUUCGAGGAUAGAAUCGAUCAAUCUUCUUUGUAUUUGCUAGGUCUUCGAACGUGUAAAUAUUAGUUUAGGCUUCCAGAUAUCGAAAUUUUGUAAAUAUUAGUUCAGAGUUUAGAUUUCGAUCAGAGAUAUAGGAAUUUGUACCGUGAGUCUUAAAACAUUAGUUCAUCACGAUUUAUACAUAAAGCAAACCAUCACGUCUAUGCAACAAGUUUCAGUGUAACAUAAGAAGAUAAUAAGU